AUUGGACCCACCGAAUUCCGUAGUGACGUAAUUCCUCAGAAGCGAAGAUGGCGGCCCUCCUGGCGAGGAAGCUGUCGGGGUUGCUGAGGUCGCCGCUAACUGUGUCUUUGUACGCCCGGACACCAAAUGUGGCUCGCUUCUCCGGCUUCACCCAGGCUGCUCGCCCCCUCUACGUCCGUGCGGCCCCGGCCUUAGGCGCUCCCCUGCCCGCUACAGUCUGUCAACUCUCCCGAGGCGACCUCUUCCAACGGGUGUCUGCUUGUCUCCCCCCUUUGAGUCAGCAGCCCCGCAGAAGUCUGACUUACUACAGUGUAAAGAAGGGGAAGAGAAAGUCUGUCAAAUCUGUCACACAACGGUUCAUGAGUCUGCAUUGCGGUCUUUGGAUUCGACGCAAGGCUGGAUACAAGAAGAAACUGUGGAGGAAGAAACCGGCCAGACGAAAGCGAUUGAGGGAGCAUGUCUUUUGUAAUAAAACACAGAGUAGAAUGUUAGAUAAAAUGACAUCGCCAUUUUGGAAAAGGAGGAACUGGUUUGUGGACGAUCCAUACCAGAAGUACCACGACAGGGUCAACCUCAAGGUGUAAUUCACAAAUUGUUAUAAUAUAAUGUUGCAAUCAAAACUUGUCAUUGCAUCCAGUUGUUGUUGUUUUUUAACCACAGCACAAGUAAAACAAUAAUGGAGUCAGUCACAUAAACCAUUUGCUUCAUGUUUAAUGGUUGUAAAGUGAUUUUUACCACCAAUAAAUGCCAUCACAUCACUGGUGCUACUUUUACAUGUAGCGCACAUCAA